GUGGGCGUGUCUGUAGACCAGGAUCAGCUGAAGCAGCAGCGGUGGGUGGAGGAGAAGCUCCGUGGUUGGUGGUCGGACACGUUCCCCGGGUUCCACCUUCCUGCGCUGGAUCAGGUGGAAGCAGCGGCUCAUCUGGAAGGACGAGGAGGACGAGCUGGUCCAGACUUCAGGAGGACCACCAUCUGAACAGAGCAGUGACAGUCUGCAUCUUCAAAGACCAGCAGCAUGGAGGGGACGCAGGAAACCACGAAGGACCUGAACGGAGCUGAAACCCAGAGCCGGCCUGUCUCUGAUGAGCUCAUCUUCUUUGUUAACGGGAAGAAGGUUGUUGAGAAGAACGCCGAUCCUGAGACGACUUUACUGACAUAUCUGAGGAGGAAACUGGGUUUAACUGGAACUAAACUGGGAUGUGCUGAAGGUGGAUGUGGCGCCUGCACCGUCAUGCUGUCCAGAUACCAACCACACACCAAAGAGCUUCUUCAUUACGCCGUCAACGCCUGCCUCGCCCCCCUCUGUGCCCUGCAUCUGGUUGCCGUGACAACGGUGGAGGGAAUCGGCAGCGUUGCGAGGGAGCUGCAUCCCGUUCAGGAGCGAAUCGCCAGGUCUCACGGCUCGCAGUGCGGCUUCUGCACCCCAGGAAUCGUCAUGUCCAUGUACGCGUUGCUGAGGAAUAAGCCCCAACCCGCCAUGGCUGACGUGGAGGAGGCCUUCCAGGGAAAUCUGUGUCGCUGCACCGGAUACAGACCCAUCCUGGAGGGAUACAAGACUUUCACGGCGGAGGGGCGAUGCUGUGGAGGCAGGGGGCAGGAAAAUGGCUGCUGUAUGAGCGGUCUGGAGGAGGACGAGCAUGAAGCUGGACGGCUCUUCAACGCAGCAGACUUUGCUCCGUAUGACCCGACGCAGGAAGUCAUCUUCCCCCCUGAGCUCAUGAGUCUGUCUAGAGGUCAGAGGUCGCGUUCGCUGCGUUUCCAUGGUGAGCGGGCGACGUGGCUGCAGCCCGACUCUCUGGACCAGUUCCUGCAGCUGAAGUGGAAACAUCCAGAAGCCCGAGUGGUGGUGGGAAACACUGAAGUGGGGAUUGAAGUGAAGUUUAAGAACAUGGUUUAUCCCAUCAUCCUGGCUCCAGCCUUCAUCCCUGAGCUGAACGCUGUGACGCACAGCGAGGACGGGAUUACGUUUGGUGCAGCGUGCACUCUCAGCCACAUGGGGGCGGUGCUGAGGCAGGCCGUGGAGACUCUUCCUCCUCACCAGACCCAAGUCUUCCUCGCCAUCCUGGAGCAGCUGCGAUGGUUCGCUGGACUGCAGAUCCGUAAUGUCGCAGCUGUGGGUGGAAACAUAAUGACAGCCAGUCCCAUAUCAGACCUCAACCCGGUCUUUCUGGCAGCAGGCUGCAAACUCACUCUGAUGGACAAGGAUGGCAGUCGUGUGGUCCAGAUGGACGACAGUUUCUUCACGGGUUACAGAAAGACGCUUCUGCGUCCUCAGGAGAUCCUGCUCUCCAUACACAUCCCAUACAGCAAGCAGUCUGAGUUUGUAUCCGCCUUCAAACAGUCCCCUCGUCGUGAGGAUGACAUCAGCAUCGUCACCGCGGCGAUGAGUGUCACCUUCACUCCUGGAACAGAUAUUGUUAAGGACUUAAGGUUGAGUUAUGGCGGCAUGGCAGUGACCACAGUGCUGGCCAAGAAGACGGCGAGCAGACUGCUGGGGAGGUCAUGGGGGGAGGAGCUUCUGCAGGAGGCUUGCUCUUCAUUGGCUGAGGAGAUGACACUUGACCCUUCGGCGCCGGGCGGCAUGGUGACGUACCGGCGGACACUGACCCUCAGUCUGUUCUACAAGUUCUACCUGACGGUGUUGCAGAAGCUCAGACUGCAGGGGGUGAAUGUCCAGGAGGUUGGCUCUGAGUGUGUGAGCGCCACAGAGAUUUACCAUCUAGAUAUGCCGUCCAGCAUUCAGAUCUACCAGGCGGUGCCAAAAGGGCAGAAACAGGAUGAUGUGGUGGGCUGUCCCAUGAUGCACCUGUCAGCCAUGAAGCAGGCCACAGGUGAGGCGGUUUACUGCGAUGAUGUACCGCUGUACGAGAAUGAGCUCUACCUGGCUGUCAUCACCAGCACCAAAGCCCAUGCUCGAAUACUUUCUGUGAAUACAUCGGCCGCUGAGUGCUUGCCCGGCGUUGUCUGCUGCUUGUUUGCUGACGAUAUCCCUGGCAGUAACACCAAUGGACCCAGACAUGACCAGAGCAUCCUAGCAGAUGGAAAGGUUACCUGUGUGGGUCAUAUCAUUGGUGCCGUAGUGGCCGACACACAGCUUCAUGCUCAGAGAGCUGCCAAAGCUGUGAAGAUCCAGUAUGAAGAACUGAAGCCAAUCAUUACCAUUCAGGAGGCCAUUGCUGCUCAGUCCUUCUAUCAGCCAAUCAGAACCAUCCAAAAUGGAGACCUGGAGGCGGGGUUUAAACAGGCUGACAACAUCCUGGAGGGUGAGAUGCAUAUUGGAGGUCAGGAGCAUUUCUACCUGGAAACAAACGUAACUCUGGCUGUUCCCAGAGGAGAAGAUGGAGAGAUGGAACUUUUUGUUUCCACUCAAUCCACCCAUGAUACACAGACUCAGGUGGCGAGCGCGCUGGGUGUCCCAGCUAACAGGGUGGUUGUCCGAGUAAAGAGGAUGGGUGGGGGCUUUGGAGGGAAGGAAAGUCGGUCCACCAUUUUGUCCACUGUGGUCGCUGUGGCAGCAAACAAGCUAAAGAGGCCUGUCAGGUGUAUGCUGGACAGAGACGAGGACAUGCUGAUCACUGGAGGACGACAUCCCUUCUAUGGAAAAUACAAGGUUGGUUUUCUAAAGGGGGGUAAGGUUGUGGCGCUGGAUGUUACAUACUACAGUAAUGCUGGAAACUCCAUGGACCUGUCUCUUGCAAUCAUGGAGCGUGCUCUGUUUCACAUGGAGAACUCAUACAGAGUGCCAAAUGUUCGUGGUCAAGGCUUCUUCUGCCGCACCAAUCUGCCAUCAAACACUGCCUUCAGAGGCUUUGGAGGGCCUCAAGGCAUGAUGAUCGCUGAGAGUUGGAUAACAGACAUCGCUCAGAGUCUGGGCCGCUCCACUGAGGAGGUGCGUCGGUUGAACCUGUACAGGGAGGGUGAGUCCACACCCUACAACGAGGUUCUGCAUGGUCUCACCCUGGACCGCUGUUGGGACGAAUGUCUGUCACUAUCUGGUUAUGAACAACGCAGAGCCGCUAUUGACCUUUACAACAGACAGAAUCAAUGGACCAAACGAGGGCUUGCUGUGGUCCCCACCAAGUUUGGCAUUAGCUUCACAGCCACCUUCCUCAACCAGGCUGGUGCUCUGGCUCACAUCUAUACUGACGGCUCUGUGUUGUUGACUCAUGGAGGCACUGAGAUGGGACAGGGACUCCACACCAAAAUGGUCCAGGUUGCCAGCAGGGUUCUGGGUAUCCCCUGUUUAAAGAUCCACAUCUCAGAGACCAGCACCAACACGGUGCCCAACACCAGCCCCACUGCAGCCUCCGCCUCCUCCGACCUCAACGGAGCUGCUGUCCAGAAUGCCUGUGAGACUCUGCUGAAACGCCUGGAGCCGUACAAAACCAAGAACCCCAAAGGAUCAUGGGAGGACUGGGUAAAGGCGGCAUAUUUCGACAGAGUCAACCUGAGUGCAAACGGCUUUUACAAGACACCAGAUCUUGCUUACAGUUUUGAUACAAACUCGGGCAGAGCGUUCAACUACUACAGCUACGGGGUAGCCUGUUCAGAGGUGGAGAUCGACUGUCUGACUGGGGCUCACAAGAACCUGAGCACCACAAUAGUGAUGGACGUUGGCCACAGCCUCAACCCAGCUAUUGACAUCGGACAGGUGGAGGGGGGAUUUAUGCAAGGUCUUGGCCUCUUCACCCUGGAGGAGCUUCAUUAUUCACCCGAGGGUGUCCUCCUUACUCGGGGUCCUGGUUCCUACAAGAUCCCAGCUUUUGGGGACAUUCCCACUCAGCUCACCGUCUCUCUACUCCGUGAUGCCCCCAAUGACAAGGCCAUCUUUGCCUCAAAGGCUGUGGGUGAGCCUCCUCUCUUCCUGGCAUCAUCUGUGUUCUACGCCAUUAAGGAUGCCAUCAGCGCUGCCCGGGCAGAGUCGGGCACCACAGGACCGUUCAGGCUGGACAGUCCCGCCUCUGCUGAAAGGAUCUGCAAUGCCUGUACUGACCACUUUACCAAGCUGUGUCCUCCUGCAGAGCCUGGAACCUUCAGACCCUGGUCUGUUCAGGUCUAAGACAGAACACAAGAGGAAGCACUGAUAAUCCAGCAUGGUUUCCACCCAGAGCUCAGGGAAUAAAACCAGGUUUUUCCAGGCAUUGCUUAGAAAAACAUGGUCACAUACCAGCAGGUCUAAUCAUUAAUGGUUCACUACCAUCAUGCCGUCUAGCUGCCUCUGUAGAGCCUGAAGAUCUGCUGUACAGUCUUGAAAGAGAAGUUAAGGAAGAACCUAAAAAUCCUUCCUGAUCUGUUUUGAAAACAUUUAAUAGAAAUGUUGUUUGUUAUGAUAAGAUAUGACCGCUGCUGUACUUUUACUUUACAUUAUUCACAUGAACGUUAACUAUUAUGUGAACCUACUGUUAAUAAAAUGGAUUAAAAUGGA